AUGUCGAAACAAUUCUCUGCAAUCCGCUCAGCGGCCAUUGACGGUCGCGUUCACAACCCAAUCUACCGCAAAGACCAACUGCGCAACCUGCACAGCGCAUUGGCGGAUAAUGCAUCCGCUAUUCAAGAUGCGAUAGCAAAGGAUUCAAAACAUCAGCCUUCAGAGGUCAAGGUCGAGUAUUGUCUUGCUUUGCAGCUGAUUGCAGAUGCUUACACUGCCAUCGACCCUGAUCAGCAGCUGGAGCAAGAAUAUGCCGUGACAAAAGGGCAAGAUGACGUUACUAGCCGUGAACCGGUUGGAAUUGUCGUUAUUGAGCCUUCGAAUCAUGCAUUCUUUUAUGGUUUGAUUUCUGCGCUUGCCCCUGCACUAGCGGCUGGAAACUGUGUCAUUGUUCAGUCCGAGAACUCUUUGCGUGAAACACCAAAGUUGGUGCUGAAUCUCAUCGAAAAUUCUCUAGACAGAGACAUCUUUACCGUCUCAGCUCAAGGCGUCACACCGGAAGACAUCGGCACGUCUCACACCUUUGUGUCACAGAAUGGCACAUCAGGACCCAUUCUCCGCAACCAUCUCGUUUCAGACCCCAAAGCUCCUGUUAUAGCUUUUGUUGAAAGAGACGCAGAUAUUUCAGCCGCCGCUCAAGCUCUUGUUUCGGCACGCUUCAGUCUGCAAGGCAAAUCGCCAUACGCGCCUGAUGUGGUUUUUGUCAAUGAAUGGGUCAAGAAGGAUUUGCUACGCGCGCUUGUUCAGCAAAGCACUGAGUUUCUUGCUACUUCACCCACGAAAGGAAGAGCUUUGAAGACGGGACUUGCGAGAGAGGUUGAAAAGGACGACAGCACGCAUGUUGUGCUUUCUGGAUCGAACGGAGUCAUUCUUGAUGUUCAGAACAGGUCUUCGAGUUUGCUGAAGCAAAAGGUUGAAGAGACGACUUUGAUUGUCCACUCUGUCACGAGUAUGGAUGAUGCUAUUGACGCGUCAAGAGAUAUCGGAUCACUUGCCGCUGCAUACGUCUUCACAACACCCGCCAUGGCCAAAUACAUAUGCCAAUUCCUCGACACAGCUGUCAGCUACGUCAACCAAAUUCCUACCAAACUUCUCUACUCCCCCAUCGCACCCCUCGGCUCUCCUCCCCAAGCGAUCACCAACACCAUCUACCGCGAAGACCAAUUCUCCAGCUCAAAACCGAAAUACCUCACAAAAUCAAGCACGGAGCAAAAGCUGGCCAAGAUCCUUGGAACUUCAACAGCUGCUGAACUAAGAGCGCUAGAAUUGGAAGCGACAAAGAGACUGCCAGAGAUGAAGCGACGACUCAAAGGAACACAGCUUGGUUUCUUUGAACAGGGUAUUGUUACAAGUUUGGUGUUCGUAUUGACCACACUUGUUUCGGGGACAGGAUUGCUUGGAUAUUACGGAAUACGAUAUUGGCGGUCUUGA